AUGGAGCAAUCGCCAGAGGAUCCUUUCGCUCCUCGAGGCAUCGCAAAACUCUCCAAGUCCAAGUCCUACGACCGAUGGCUCCUCGACCCGCAGAAGCCAUUAAAGGGGCUACAGCAGCCGCCACCCAAUCGCAUGGGUCAAUGGGCGGCAAUCGCCGUCGCUUCCCUCCUCGUCUCUCUCAUCCUCCUCAAUCCGACGGUUGUUGACGACGCUCUCUCAAUCAUGAUGAGGCCAAUCAGUCCCAGCCACGUGGAGGUCUUUACUCGCGGGCUGGCGACGCUUCAAUGGUGGGAAGACCAGUAUCCCCCUCCGCUAUCGCCGCCGGAAAACGCGGAGCUCAAGGAGCAACAACCAGGACAUAUUCAAUGGAAGACGUUUAGAAUAACGCGCGUCGCGGCGUUCAACGUCGACAGAAGAAUCAUCAAGCAGACUAAGCAGGCGGGCUUUCAACUCGUCCCGCUCGCCGCGCCGCCGCUUCUUAAAGACCUAACGUGGGAUGAUAUUUUUGCGGAUCGGUUCGACGACGACCCAACGCCGCAGUGCCCGAAGCUGCCGCUGCCCGAAUGGCCGCAGGACCUUCGCACGGUCGACGCCAUGAUCGCACACAUGCCGUGCCAGCCAGUGAACGGGUCGUUCGCGAGGGACGUGAGAUGGCACCACCUGGUGCUUACUGUCGCCGAGUAUAUCAAGCAGUCCGCGCGCCCCUGGAUGCCCGUUGUCGUUCUCUCCGACUGCCGCCCGCCGCCCAACCUCUUCCAUUGCAACCGGCUUGUACACCGCGACGGGCCCGUCUGGCUGUUUAACUUGACGGUCGCCGACAUGCGCCGCCGGCUGCAGCCCGUCGGGAACUGCGCGCUCGCCACCCCGGAACCCCAGCUGCUGCCAGGUCAGCAGCCGGCCGCUGCGAACCGAGUCGCGUACGCUACAGUGCUUCACAGCAAGGAGGAUUACGUGUGCGGUGCGAUCGCGCUGGCGAACAGCCUCCGGCGGAGCGGAACGCGCGCGGAGCUGGUAGCGCUGGUCUCCGCGGAGAUCGGGAACUUCAGCCGCGGAGGCCUAGAGGCGGCGGGGUGGCGGCUGAUCGAGAUUGAGAGGAUUCGCAAUCCGUUUGGACGCGCGGGCACGUACAACCAGUGGAACUACAGCAAGCUCCGAUUGUGGCAGCUGACGGAGUACGCGAAGGUGGUGUUCGUGGACGCCGAUAUCCUCGUUUUAAGGAACAUGGACCACCUGUUCGAGUACCCCGAGCUGUCGGCGCGCAGCAACAGCCGGCGCUUCUUCAACUCGGGCGUGAUGCAAACUUUCAAGCUCACGAGUCACGAAUCCAACGAAGCACUCGCUCCGCCUUCCAACAGCCAUCGGCUUAGCAGCUUCUUCUUUGGCCUGCUCCAUUCCACCCUCAUAACUACCGCAAUGGCUGCUACCACCAUGGCUGCUGCUAAGCUUGCAUCUGGCGCUAUCGCUGCCGUAUCCAACCCAGCUCAGAAGACGACCCUCACGUCCUCCUUCGCAGGUGUGCGCCAGCAAUCAGCCACGGCUGCAUUCGGCGUCAAAUCUACUGCUCGCACUGUCGCGUUUUUCAAGCUCGGCGGAGAGAGCGCCAAGAGCGCCGGCAUCUUCGCCAGCCAACUUCGCGAUGACUACGACGCUGACGACAUUGCUCACUACUUCAACUACUCCGGCAUGCUCGCCGCCGAGGGGUCGUACGAGAAGAUGGCGAAGAUGGUCGAGUCCGGCACGCACGCGUGCGACAUUCUGCUCAUGAUGGCUGCAUCGGAAGGCGAUGUGCGGAAGAUCGAGGAGCUCCUGUUCGCCGGUGCGCGGUGCGACGUGCCCGACUGGGAGGGACGCACGGCCCUGGACCGCGCGUGCAGUGACGAGAUCAGGGAGAUGAUUCAACAGGGUGCUUUGACUGGGGCCAAGUAG